GUCCGGAACCUUUGUGGCAUGUCUCUGGUCUACGCCAUAUUGUGCAGGUUUUGAUCUCUGUUUGAUGGUGGUAGGAACUCGGUGACCAUGAGUUCCCUAAAACUCCAGAAGAGGCUUGCUGCCUCUGUGAUGCGAUGUGGUAAAAAAAAGGUGUGGUUGGAUCCUAAUGAAAUCAACGAAAUUGCAAAUACCAAUUCCAGGCAAAAUAUAAGGAAGUUGAUUAAAGAUGGUUUAAUCAUAAAGAAGCCUGUUGCUGUUCACUCACGUGCACGUGUUCGCAAGAAUACAGAAGCCAGGAGGAAAGGACGUCACUGUGGAUUUGGAAAAAGGAAAGGAACAGCUAAUGCUCGUAUGCCACAGAAGACCUUGUGGAUCCAGCGGAUGAGAGUUCUAAGGCGACUCUUGAAAAAGUACAGGGAAGCAAAGAAAAUUGAUAGGCACCUUUACCACCAGCUGUACAUGAAGGCAAAAGGUAAUGUUUUCAAGAACAAGCGUGUGCUGAUGGAGUUCAUCCACAAGAAGAAGGCGGAGAAGGCUAGGACAAAGAUGUUGAAGGAUCAAGCUGAGGCCAGAAGGCAAAAGGUGAAAGAGGCACGUAAGCGUCGUGAGGAGAGAAUCAGCAAAAAGAAGCAGGAGCUGCUACAAUCGUACCAGCGUGAAGAUGAUGCAGCAACUGCAGCUGCCAAGAAAUGAUGCAUUUUCUUAAUUUUCUUUCGGUUCUGUUGUAAAUUGUGGCUUUUUGAGAAAAAUAAAUGACCAAACUACUA